GGGGGUAGGCGGGGCUUUCCUUGUUGGGGCUGUGUGCAUGUGGAGGCGGAGUUUAUGCUUUCUCCCUGCAGUAAUUGUAUUGCUUCCUGUAUGUCGGGCCAUGGCCGCCGUUGUUUCAGCGAAGCCUUUGUGCGACAGUGAACCGGCCAUCCCUGCACCGCCCUCUGUAAAGGAAGACAAUUCAAAUGAUACAAAAGACCCAGAAGAGAAUUCAAAUGAUGGAAGUCAGCCAGCGAAACGAAGGCGAAUGUCUGGAGACAGCACCCCAAGUUGUGAAAAUUCAAACCAAGAUUUUGGGUCCAGCUAUUUCCCAGCAGAAAAUGUUAUUGAAUACAAAUGGCCUCCAGAUGAAACAGGGGAGUACUAUAUGCUACAAGAACAAGUCAGUGAAUAUUUGGGCGUUACCUCAUUUAAGCGUAAAUAUCCAGAUUUAGAGAGAAGAGAUCUGUCUCACAAGGAAAAACUAUAUCUGAGGGAAUUAAAUGUCAUUACAGAAACUCAAUGCACUUUAGGUCUGACAGCUUUACGAAGUGAUGAAGUAAUAGAUCUCAUGAUUAAAGAGUAUCCAGCCAAACAUGCAGAGUAUUCUGUCAUCCUGCAAGAAAAAGAGCGACAACGUAUUACAGACCACUACAAGGAGUACUCAAUAACUACUGGAGAAAUUCAGAAUGAAGUAUGUGAUCAGGAUGAAACAGGGAAACAAUUGCAACAACAAAACACACAGAAGGUUGAGGCGGGCAAAGUUCCCGAGUACAUUAAGAAAGCUGCCAAGAAAGCUGCAGAAUUCAACAGCAACUUGAACCGGGAAAGAAUGGAAGAAAGAAGAGCCUAUUUUGAUUUGCAGACACACAUAAUACAGGUGCCUCAGGGAAAGUACAAAAUUAUACCUUCUGAAAUGACAAAAGUGAGUCCUUAUCCAGUUUCCCUCAUACCUGGGCAAUUUCAGGAGUACUACAAGAGAUAUUCCCCAAACGAGCUCCGAUAUUUGCCACUCAACACAGCCUUGUACGAACCACCUCUAGACCCUUUGGACCCUGAAUUACUGGCACUUGACAGCGACGGAGAUUCCGAUGAGGUGGAAGAAAUGAAAAGUGAAAAGAAAAAAACAAAAGGAUCAUCCGUAAGACUUUCCAUUGACAGUUCCUCUAUGAAUAUGUCAGAAAGUGAUAAUACCCAGGACACCCAAGAGGAGACACCACAACCAAGACCAAAAGUGAAAGAGAAAUCAUCAACUCCUAGAAAGGAAGGAUCCAAACGUUCUGUACUGUCCAAAUCUGUCUCCGGGUACAAGCCAAAGUCCAUUCCAAAUGCUAUUUGUGGAAUUUGUCUGAAGGGUAAGGACGCCAACAAGAAAGGAAGGUCUGAGAGACUAAUACACUGCUCCCAAUGUGAUAACAGCGGUCAUCCCUCAUGUCUGGAUAUGUCUGCAGAACUUGUUGCUGUAAUAAAAAAAUAUCCUUGGCAGUGCAUGGAAUGUAAAACGUGCAUUAUCUGUGGCCAGCCCCACCAUGAAGAAGAAAUGAUGUUUUGUGACACCUGUGAUCGUGGAUACCAUACAUUCUGUGUUGGGCUUGGAACCCUCCCAUCAGGUCGUUGGAUCUGCGAUUGUUGUCAGAAAGUCCCGGCUACUCCAAAAAAAGGAGCGCGAAAGGUCAAAAAUAGUAAAGAAGGAUAACGAGAGCUAGAACGUCUCUAAAGCUGUCAGUUGCACAAGCCUUUAAAAAUGGUGCUACAUGACCAGAUCCUCACGUGCUUUGGGAACCAACCCUAUUGUGUACUACUUUUCCACAUUUUUACAACAAAUAAUAAAAUGUUAGGAAUUUUAUUUAUCUUUCUUGGACAUAUUGAACUCUGAUAAUGCAAUUUAUGGCUGAAAAAUUAUGGAUUUUUAAAUAUUGUUUAAAAAAAAUAGGUAUAAAAAUAUAUAUGUCAAAGUUGAUUUUUCAAAUGCAUAGUCAAAGGUCUUUUUCUUUUUUCUCGGGGAGUACUUGAUGUGCCAGUGCAGAACUGUAACUGAAUACUAACAAAAUAGUAAUGCAAGUGACAUUUUAUUAUGAGGCUGUGAGAUUCCUACCAUUUCAUAUGUAUCCUAUGACACAUAUUAUUAAAGUGAGAAACCUCAUACUGACUAAAGCCCAGAAAUGCCAUAACAUGGUUUUGUGGGGUUGACUGUUUUUUUUUCUUUUAUACAAAUUAAAAAUACUCUUUUUAAAUAUGCAGAUAUGGACUGGGACCAUAACCAUAUUUUAUUUUUAGUUGAUUGUGCUGGUCAAAUAUUGCAUUUUAAAAUAUCCACUAAACAUGAAAUUUACCACUUAA